GAACAAAUACGAACGCCGCGUUGAAUCCCUAAUCUUGUCGAGCUGGAGCGUCUCCUACACCGCCGCCCGCCUCGACGACACCCUCUGCCCCGGCAGGCCGUGGGUUCCGAGUCGUGGCCCUCCGCCUGCUUCGACCGUCGGAGGGGCGGCCCCAACGCCGCAAUCCUUUAAUCCUCUGCGAGGAUUGCAUCGAGUCGGCAUCCAUCUCCCGCACAAUGCUUGGAAUGGGAUAUGGGGAUACAAAUUGGGAGCUUUUAUCCAGAUUGUAGUGUGGAGAAGGUAUAGGUUAUUAGACAGCUCCUUGCUUCUCUACUUUUCAUUGGGACGCAUUACCAGAUAGAGGAGGAAAAAUUCCUUCAAAUGGUGUUGGUCGCAGCUGGUGAAGAACUUCUUAUCAUCCAUCGCACCUUUAGUUUUAAUCUCAGAAGCCUACCCAUUAUCCAAGAAAUUGGUGACUUUUUUUCUCGCAUCAUCUCCCAGCCACCCGAUCUUGUGGAACAUCAGAGGGCUUCUGUGCAAUCACCUUCUCUAGUUGAUGACCAAAGCCCUGCACUGACUAUCGAGGAACCAUACAAGAUUAGUGUUAGGGAGUGGCUCUCGAAAGACAACAAGCAUGAUGAUUAUAAGGACAAUAAUGAACCACCUGCUGUUUUCAAUGUGUUGGAUACGGUACUUGUCCAUACCAUGGAGCGAAUGAAGAAGUUAAGGGAAAGCAUUACAAUUGUUGGAAGAUGUAGUUUGUUAGAAGGCAUUGCCAACGUGGUGUGUUCUGAGGAUAGUCGCAGAGCUGAUAAUAGUGACUUUGUAUUGAUUAGGGUAUUGUGCACUGAAGGAAAAGUUUUAGCUGCUUUUCAGCUUCAUAAUGAAUUAUAUAGGAGCAGUGUUGUCCUAGAUCUGCAUACAUACAAUUUCCUCGUAAAUGGACUUUGUAAGAUAGGUAGCUUGUCUGAGGCUACUUGGCUUCUUGAAGUUAUGAACAAUAUGUGUGCAUUCCCAAAUCAUGUGACAUACAAUACUCUAGUGGAUGGUUAUUGCCGUUGGGGUAGUGUGGACAGAGCUCUAAGUCUUGUUUCUUCCAUGGCCGAAAGUGGAGUUAGACCCAAUGUAGUUACUUGUAAUAUACUUGUUCAUGCCUUUUGCAGUAGAGGCCUCCUGGAGAAUGCAAAGAAACUUCUUGCAGAUAUAUUGAAUGAGCAUGAGUCUGCAAAUUUAGUUACGUCAACAAUACUCAUGGAUGGAUUCUUCGAAAAAGGCGAUGCAGACCAGGCAAUUAACAUGUGGAAUGAAAUGUUGAAGAGAGGCAUCGAAGUUGAUCGAAUUGCAUAUAAUGUUCUAGUUAAUGGAUUUUGCUUGAUGCACAAUACAAAACUUGCUCAAAGAUAUUUUUCUGAGAUGUUCAAGAAGGGCUUUUUACCAGAUGUAGUGACUUUUAAUAGUCUUAUAAAUGGCCUAUCUAAAAAUGGGAAUAUGGACGAGGCUUGUGAUAUGUACAAUAAGAUGUCUUUGUCUGGUCUUCUUGCUGACCAAAUCUCAUACAGCCUGAUUAUUCGGGGUCUUUGCCAACAGGGUGACAUCUCAAAAGCUGUAGAGUUUUUGCAUAAGAUGUUAAGUCAUUCCAUAGUCCCUGAGCCUCGUAUUUGGAAUCUUAUCAUGAAUGGUUAUGGAAGGGUUGGUGAUACUAAUAGUGCUUAUUCAAUAAGAAAUAUGAUGACAGCAACAGGUGUUGUUCCAAAUACCUUCACAUUUAAUGCACUGAUUCAUGCUGAAGUAAAGGGAGGAAAAAUUGUGCAUGCUUUAAUGCUGAAGCAGGAGUUGCUCGAUUCUGGGCUUUUUCCUGAUGUUGUUACUUAUAAUUUGUUGAUUAGUGGUGCAUGUAGGAUUGGCCACACUUUUUUCGCUAGACAGAUGCUCCUGGAAAUGCUAAAUAGAGGAUAUCAACCUGAUAUAAUCACUUACACAGAAUUGAUUAGAUGCCUUUGUGUAAAAGGGAAAUGGCAGCAAGCUCAAGAAAUUCUCAACAAGGUGCAGGAAUCUGGCUUGGGCAUUGAUCAUGUGCCAUUUCACAUUCUUAUUAAACUGUACUCCAAGAUGGGAAAAGUAAUGGAAGCACUUGAGCUGUAUGAGGAAAUGACUACAAAGGGUAUUUUGGGCCGCUAUUCUAUGUAUAAUUCCCUGUUUAUUGCACUUAGAAAGAAAGGCUAUCUCUUGGAAGCAAGUCAAGUAUAUAAGCAGAUGGAUAAGCUUUUGCAAUGCAGAAUAAAAGAAGAUGGUUGAAUCUUAAAAAAACACUGAUUGUGCGAGUUAUUCUCUCCAUAAGAGGGGCAUACUAUUGGCUGUUACAGCUAUGGAGAAAGCAGCUCAUCUGUCUCUUGCCUUCUGAUAUGGUUAUCUGGAGCCAUCAUCUGGUCAAUGAAAUAUGUUCCCAGAAAGUUCAUCAACAGAAAUAAUCUCAGCAACAAUUUUGGGUCUCCUAUGGGCCAAAAUGCUAGAUGUUCUUUCAUUUGCAAAGAUUGAUUGGCAAUUGAUAAGAAUUAAUUACAGCUGAAAAGCGACAGAAGCUAUGUGGAGCUGCUAUCUGAAGAUGCCUCUGAAUUCUGAAGCUUGGGAAACCCACAAGAGAAUGCUUUUAGAAGUUCAUUAAUCUUUGUUAAGCGGUUGAUGGUUUUGCUGGGAAUCGAAAAGCUCCGCUAUAAGACAAUAUAGAGCCUGUGUGGGAGGUAAUUCCAUGUCAACCAGAAUUACUGUUUCCAUGCUACCUCAAACAUGUCUCACCAUUCUUUGUUCACUCUUUUAAAGGUCCUCUUUGGACUUCUAUAUAUUCCAAUCAGCUAAUUCUUGAAAGACACCUUUUAAUUUACAAUUAAUUCAGUCAGUUCUUGGUCUGUUUCUCCAUUAACAUUCUCAGCAUCUUUACUUCCAAUCCACAAGCAUUAUAUACACACACACACACACACACACAUGCGCACAUGUUUUUAACUGCUUAAUAUAUAGAUCCUUAGAAGCUCUCUGGUAUUGUAGUUAUCUUUAAAUAUUUCUUUCAAACAAAGGUGCACAGUCAAUUGGGGCGUUAUGCUUUUAACUUUGACUAGCAUUUGUCCUUUGAUAUUGCUUUGUAUCUAGAACUUCCGGCAGUAUCCUUUUACUAUACUAACUUUUAGAUAGAUCACCAGAUUUUUUUUAUUUCAUAAUUUGGUAACUCAUCAGGUAGUUAUAUUCUCAUCCUAAUUUUCUAUAUCAAAUUUAUUAAAUGUUUUUUGGUACCUAACUUUGAAUGUAUUUUGACCUUUCUUUAGCCCUGUAGUUCUUACCAAAACCUUUGGUCUUCUUCAUGUUAGAUGUCCAAUGGUGAUCAACAUUACAAGACUUGCCAUCAUGGUACUUUUCUCAGUAGUUUUCGCUAUUUACAAUGCCAUACAUUUAAUUAGAAUAUAUAUUGCUGAUUCAUCCACUUGGUGAUGUUGCUGGUAAGAAUUGUGACGUCAAACAACCAUCUUAAGAAGUGAUUUUCCUGAUUAUUGAAGACAGUUAUUGGUAAGCUAGUUGGAUAAAUUUGGCUUGCUUAUUGAGUGAUCACUUGUGCUGAGUUCUCUAAUGUACUUGUGCUAGUUGGAUUCUGGUGAUACAUCCAUUCGUUCAAUCAUUUUUUAGAAGCUUUACUUUAUUGCUUCUCGGCCUUGUUGUAAUUAUUUAAAAUAGCUCAACUCAUGGUGUACUCUCGAUGAAGGAAAUUUUGGUUUUGUAAUCAGAAGUUUGUUACCAGAGAUCUAUGUGAGAAUUGCAGAAGGCUAAAUUGGGAACUUGUGCAAAUGUAUUCUUUGGGAAAGGCUCCCGGAACGAACUCAGAAUAUAACUUAGAUAGUUACAAACAUGUAACAAAAGGAAAGAAACUUUGUCCCUUUAUUUAGUAAUAAUACUUGCAAGCAUUUUUAGUACUUGCAGUUUUGUUAAA